GGCGCGCUUCGCAUAUAGUUGUAUCGAACGAGUUAAGACGCGCCCCACUGCGCAGCACUCACGUUUUAUGCCAUUUUAUUAAAUAGCCCUUUUAGCUCAGUGCACGGAAUUAAGAUUAAACACAUUCGCAUUAGUUUGUUCGAGGAAGACAUGGAUUGCUCGGAAGAAGUACAAUCUCCCUCAGACGAAGCAAGAUCCCCAAUGGAGUUAAAGAAAGGAAUGUCAAUAUUUCUGGAUAUAUUAAGAAGAGCUGAUAAAAACGAUGAUGGUAAGUUGUCCUUUGAUGAGUUCAAGGCCUACUUCUCGGACGGAGUGCUGAGUGGAGAUGAACUGCAGGAGCUCUUCCACACCAUUGACACUCACAACACAGAUAAUGUGGACACUGACGAAUUGUGUGAGUACUUCUCUCAGCACCUUGGUGAAUAUGAAAAUGUCCUUGCAGCCUUGGAGGACCUGAACACCUCAAUACUGAAGGCCAUGGACAAAACCAAAAGGGAUUACGAGGAGUCGACCCAUCUUGAGCAGUUUGUGACUCGCUUCCUGCUGAAGGAGACAACCAAUCAGCUUCAGUCCCUCCAGAGUUCUCUGGACUGUGCUAUAGAGACCACUGCUGAGCAGACCCGCCAGGACAGACAAGGGCCGGUGAAGCCUGAGAUGCUGCCGGUUCAGUGGCCAGGAAGGCGGUCGAAUCGGAGGCUUCAGAGGAAUAACAGCCUGUCUCCUAACAACCCGCUCCUCAGCCUCACCAAUUCAGGUCUUUAUGACGAAGACAAUCAAUGGAUGACCCAGAUCAACAGACUCCAGAAACUGAUUGACCGCUUAGAAAAGAAGGAGCUUCGAAUUGAACCUGUUGAAGAAGAGGUCUUGGAGGGCACCACAAAAGCGCACAUCCUGAUAGUGCAGCGGCAGCUCUCCGUGCUGGAGGAGGAGCUGGAGGAGUUCCGCCUGGCGCUCCGCCAGUACAUCGAGUGCUCCAGCACCCAGACCGGCUGCCUGCAUGUUGCUGUCCAGAAGCUCUCCAACGAAUCCCGCUUCAUGCUGUAUGAGUUCUGGGAGCACAGCAAUGUAUGGAAGAAUCAUCUUCAGACAAACUACAGCAAAACCUUCCAGAGAGGCAAUGUUGAUUUUCUGGAGACACCAGAGAUCAUGACCACAAUGCUGGUUCCAGCUUCAUGGUGGGUGCUGAACAAUAACUAGAUGUGGGUGCUUUGGGAUGCCAGAGUUAGUCAGGGGCCUGUAGUCAUAGUUGUAGUUUUCUGUCAGAAACGAUUAGGCUCUUGGAACUGCACCUGAUGUUUACUGUGAAACAUGGUGGACACAUCGGACAUGUCUCAUCUUUUGUUUCCUUGAGAUCACUUGUACCACUAGAUGUUACAUUCAGAUAAAGGCUCUGCUCAAGCAGGGGUGUUUUGAGGAAUGACCUUUUGUUAUCAGUUGAAGAUCUGAAAUUCUCAUCAUAUGGUCUGAUAUAGUACACAUUGUGUUGGAUGUAUAUGUAACAGUACUUGUUGAAACCAUUUGUGGCGGUGCUUUUGAGAUAAACUACCUAAAUAUCAUCUGCCCACCAUAACAUGGAUUUGUACUUUGUAGCAAACCAUACAAGUUACUGUGUACAGUUAGUAUAGUCAUAGUCUUCAGUCUUUUAAGUUUGUAGAUGAAUUUUAUCAUAAAUAAAAAAAUAUUUUAUUGUCAA